AUGCUUCUUCCCAAGGGUGGUGUAACGUGGAAGUCGGCCAAGGCGAGACUGCCUCCAUGGAGGGCCGUGUUGGUGCUGGUGACGCGCACGCGAUUCCUCGUCUCGCUGGCGAUUACCGGUCUCUUAGUGCUGUUCUGGCGCGGCAUUAGCCGUUCGGCUUCGGAGAUGCAAAGCUUCUACUGCUAUGGCCCCUCCAAGUCGCCGAUGGAAAUGAGCAUGAACGAGAUGGUCGAGUGGAAUGCCCACCUCCAGACCCCCGUGAUCUUUAACCACCACCAACCCUACGAGGUGAACUCCAGCACGAUCGAGGAAGUCGACCUCAACCCCAUUGGUUCCACCGCCCAGGCCGUCUCCAACUCCGAACGCGUCCUCAUCCUGACCCCGCUGAGAGAUGCCUCCCCGUAUCUGUACAACUACUUCGACCUGCUCUACAAACUUACCUAUCCGCACCACCUGAUCGACCUGGCUUUCCUCGUCGGCGACAGCAGGGAUGAUACCCUGGCUGUUCUUACGUCUGAGCUGAACCGGAUCCAGGCGCAGGGCGGCAAGGUUGCUUUCCGCUCGGCCACCAUCGUGCGCAAGGACUUUGGCGCCGAGACGGAAAUGAACGUCGAAGACCGACACUCGUUUGCUGCCCAGGGGCCUCGUCGCAAGGCUAUCGGCCGUGCACGCAACUACCUCCUGUACUCGGCCCUGAAGCCUGACCACUCGUGGGUUUACUGGAGAGAUGUCGACAUCUCCGACAGCCCCGAGACGAUCCUCGAGGACUUUAUGGCCCACGAUCGGGACAUCCUCGUUCCCAACAUCUGGUUCCAUCGCUAUCGCGAUAAUGUUGAUAUCGAGGGUCGCUUUGACUACAACUCGUGGAUCGAGUCCGACAAGGGACGCCGUCUGCGCCAGACCCUGGAUCCUGACGUCGUCCUGGCCGAAGGAUACAAGGAGUACGACACUGGCCGCACUUAUCUCGUUGGCAUGGGUGACUGGAGAAAGAACAAGGACGAGGAAGUUGAGCUGGAUGGCAUUGGUGGUGUCAACAUUCUGGUCAAGGCCGAUGUCCACCGUACCGGAAUCAACUUCCCCGCCUACGCCUUUGAGAACCAAGCCGAGACGGAAGGAUUCGCCCGGAUGGCGAAGCGCGCAGGAUACGGAGUGUACGGUCUGCCCAACUACGUUGUCUGGCAUAUCGACACCGAAGAGAAGCCCGGUAACCUCGGAGAUCGUAAGGCGUACUAA